CUUGAUGCAGGUAGUUUGAGCCAAUGGAUUCACUCUCACGGAUUCUUUGUAACCUGCCGUUGUUUACACAUCCCUUUCCUUUUCCCUUCAGGCUUCCCAUACCAAACCGUUUCUUUCCAAACCCAUCUUUCUAUUUAUAAACCAUUUCUCACCACUUUCUCCAACACUACCACUCCCUCACUACUCUCUCUUCUUCUCCCUUCUAAUCAAUAUCAUUUCAGAACACUCCAGUUUCUGAACAAAUAGUCCCUUUUUCCAAUUCAUGCACUCCCCUGUAAGACCUUGUUACUUGGAGAAAGAUCACGGUUUGGCUUCAUUACCAGACAUGGAUUCUGGUUAUCGUGUGAAUAGUACUAGUUUUGUGUCACGGUCCUCCAUGACCUCUGGUUAUGGUUAUGCUACUUCCUGCAACAGAGGAAGUUUCAGAAACCUCUCUGUUUCUUCUCCGAGAUCUGGAAGAUUCUAUGAUUCCAGAUUUGAAGAUCAUCAACCCCACUUCCUUGAAGCUUGUUUUCUCUGCAAGAAGUCACUGGGGGACAAUAGAGACAUCUUCAUGUACAGAGGAGACACCCCUUUUUGUAGCGAAGAGUGCAGGCAAGAGCAGAUAGAGAUAGACGAAGCGAAGGAGAAGAACAUGAAAGCUUCAUCGAUGAAGGCUUUGAGAAGCAAGGAGCAAAGAAACUCUGCUUCACCAAACAAGGCCAGAGAUUACUCGUUUCGUGCUACAGGAGUUGCCGCAUAGUUGUUGGCUGAAUCUGAGAAAAUAGAAACAGGGGAAGUGAUGCAGUAUUCUCAGAAAGGGAAAGAACAAAUUUGAAGAAAAAAAUGUGACAAAAUGAGGAUCAUCAAGAGAGAAGGGAUUGUGGUACAGGGGAACUUUGUGAAUGUAGCUAGGUGUAAAUGGCAUAGUAUUGAAAAGUGUGUAUGCUACUUGAGGCAGAUCUGAUCCUCUGUGAGAUGCUCAUUUUCAGGGUUUGCUUUUUUCUUUGUUUAUGGGGGAAUCAUCCAAUCAAGGUUUUGGUUUUGUUUCCUUCUGUAGAUCCUCCUCCUCCCUAGUCCCUUAUCAUCAGUUAUGAUAUGAUCAAAUCAAUGGUUGUUGUGCCCACAGUUUUCAGGUUAUCAAAGAUGAAACUGAAUAUGAUAGAAAAUCUCUUUGACUUUCCAUA